AAUUAGUCGCCGUCUUAUGCUCCUCGCCAAAAGUCGCUUCUUGCCCCGCACUCGAAAAAUCGAAAACUGAAAACGCAUAAAAUUCAAAUCGGAAAACAACGAUCGUGUGUUACUACUUAAAACCGAGUCUUCGAAAAAAAAGUUACAAACAUAUUUUGCAAGAAAACGUUGAAAUUCUAUUGGUGAUCUUGGUAUCAUGCCAUUUGUGGAUCUAUUCAGAAGUUGGAAAUUAACGCAUCAAGAUGAAGCGUAGGAAAAGCAGGAACAAAUGCGCGACUGCUGAGCCCAAACGUUCCAGAAGUGGAGUCAUGUCAUGGGAUUGUUAUAUAAGGGUUCCAAACUCCUGAACACAAUUCUGGAUUCCCUGGAAGAUCAAGAGGGUGGAGCUAUGUACAUAUCGUGCGAUGUCUCAAACGGCGGUCCUGUGGAACCAGAGACGGGCUAUGUGCCCAACAAUCCCCUGUUCGGCCUGGCGCUGGACAGCCCUCAGCAAGAGUGCGCCGCUUCCUGCGUCGGCUGCCUAUCCUGCCAGGGCAGCACCGCCCUGCCCAUCUCCUCGCUCACCAGCAGCGACUUCGACUGCGGCGGCUGUUUCGAUCCCACGAUUGGAGUGGGCGUGGGCAUCGGUGGCGGCCACAUCCAGAUCAGCACGACACCACCGGCGAGCAGCGGCAACGGGAGCAGCAACAACGGUGCCGGAGGAGGCUCCUCGGGUAAUCACGGCUACUGGAGCACCGACGAGAUGGCUUCCACAUUUCCCGGCCUACCGCCGCUGGACAUCGAUCCGCUGCCCAGCCUGUUCCCAUUCUCGCCCUGCGGCGCUUCCUACAACUUUGCCGCCGGCAAUCCGCACCAGGCCGCCUCACUCUCCUACACAGUGCAUCCGCACCAGAUGCUCAUUUCGCCGAACUCCCACAAUCAUGGCCAGAUGCACUCGCAGCACCAGCAGCACCAGCACCAGCAAUCCCAAGUCCAGGCAUCGCACGUAGGCAACUCUCUCCUCCAAAGCAGUGGUGGCAACAAUAUCGGCAGUAAUGGUAGUGCCGGAGGAGUGGCCAACGCUGCCAGUUGCUACUAUGAAACCAGUGCUGGAACGGCCGCACCACCUCCUCCUCCGGCGGCAGCCAUGUAUCCCAGCAUGAGCGUGAACGUCAGCAUGAACAUGACCAUGCACCAUGGCUACGGUGCCGGUGAUGCAGGCGGCGUGCCAAUGCAGUGCUCCCAGAUGAACUGGACGCCACCCAGUAACUCCACCUCGGCGGCAGCAGCAGCAGCGGCGGUAAAUGUGCUAUACCCACCGCUGCUGAGUCCCGGUCACUAUCCUGCCUCGGCCACAUAUUCCUUUACAGCGGAUUUUCGGGCACCGGCUCCCACGGGUCUGGGUGCCCUGCCACCGCUGACGGUGGGCGAAAAGGAGUCGCCAUCGCCGCCGGCCAACUCCUCUUUGGCUGGCUACUAUCCCACGGGGGUGGGCAAUCAGGGAUACACACCGCCCCACAAAAGUCCCACCAGCUAUCAGGCAGCCGCCCUGGGCUUAAGUCUAUCCGCCUUCGAGGACGAGGAGGAUAGCAACGAGGAUCUGGACGGCGAUGAGGGCAGCAGUGGCGGCGAGAUGAAACCCAAUCUAUGCCGGUUGUGCGGAAAGACAUAUGCCCGGCCCAGCACGCUCAAGACCCAUCUGCGGACCCAUUCCGGCGAAAGACCCUAUCGAUGCCCCGACUGCAACAAGAGCUUCUCGCAGGCAGCCAACCUGACGGCUCACGUACGCACACACACCGGCCAGAAGCCGUUCCGCUGCCCCAUCUGCGACCGGAGAUUCUCGCAGAGUUCCAGUGUCACCACGCACAUGCGCACCCACUCCGGCGAGCGGCCGUACCGCUGCUCCUCGUGCAAGAAGUCCUUCUCGGACAGCAGCACCCUCACCAAGCACCUGCGAAUCCACAGUGGCGAGAAGCCCUACCAGUGCAAGCUCUGCCUGCUCAGGUGAGUCCGGGAUGGGGGAUUUACUUACACCGUCCUUCCUCAUUCCUAAACGAACGAAAAUGGUUUUGCUUUUACUUUUACGUAAACCCUUAAAGCUUUAAAGAUAGUUUAAUAAUUUCUAUCGUUUCAAUAUAAAACUAACAACUUGAACAAAACUGAGACUGUUGCAAGCUUAAAAAAAAGGAAAACCAAAGAUAAUAUGCAUCAUUCAUUUUCAUUCAUGCAUUUUCGUAAGAUUUUCAACUUCAACUAAAGAACUGAAAUUAAAUGAAAUAAUAAUUGUUUAUUCAAAUGUAAUGCUAAAGAUGAAAAUUACCCCUUAAAAAAGGCUUAGGCCCCCAAAGAGCAGUCCUGGAACGUUAUACAUCGAGUUAAUUGCUUUUUUGGUGUCCACAGAUUUUCGCAGUCGGGGAACUUGAAUCGGCACAUGCGCGUCCACGGCAACAACAACAGCAGCAAUGGCAGCAAUGGGGCAACCGGAGUUGGUGGAGAGUCCUCCACCGGCAGCGGAGUUGGUGGUGGCAACAGCCUGCUCACAUGACAAAAGCCAAGGAGUGCAGGAGGUUUCCAGCAUUACCACCCCCCGCACACCCACCACAUGCACCACCAGCACCACGCCCAUCACCAUCACCACGCCCACAUGGGUAACUACGACUACGGGAACUACAGCAUCGGCGAUUAUACUCCACCCGGAGCCACACAAAACUAUUCAGGGUAUUAUUUCUGCGCACUCAACAAGGCGCCCAAGUUCGAACGAUUCUACUAGGGACUAAAAUCUGGAGGAUCCCAUCUGGAUAAGAAACCUUAAAGGAGGACCACUCAGUGAAUUAUACGGGGAUAGUCACUCUAUCGCUGAUAAAUACAAUAAUGUAUAUGCCAUACUCAACAUUGCUGUAGAAAAAUAAUUUGGGUUCGUGUUAAAUUGAAAUCCUAAUUGAACAUAACGAUGUAAUAAUACUCAUAACCCAAAUCCGCAUCCAAAUGCAGUUAAAAAUGCUCAAACAAUACAAAUCUGAGGAAUCGCGGAGAAUCGAACAAAAGUAGGCCUAAGAGCUGCACUGUACAUACUUAUACAUACUAUAUUUAUUAUAUUCGCUUAGCCUAAUAUGCAUUGAAUCCAAGUUAGUUCAUCCAUUAAAUAAGGUAGUUCAAAACACGCAUAAAUCUAUUCCAAAUUAGCCAACGAAAUAGGAUUUAAGACGGAUAUGAGUAUGAAUCAUAAGACCAAACAACACAGCAGCACCCAAAACGAGAAUAUUUAAAUUGGAAUUGCCAAGGCAUUAAACCCAUAAACACCUGUAUACGAAUAUAGAGUCCUAAGCUUAAACUAGACGUAGAUGUAAGACAGGUGCUUUGAUCUAAGCCAAUUUUGGAGUAUAUAAAGAAAAUAAUAAAUAUACGAAAAUUAAAUACAGU